UUAAGUUGCUGUUCGUGUGAGCGCUCUUUGUUUUGCCGGGUCAUGCAAAAUAUUGGAAACCUGAAAUCAUGGACUCCGGUGAAGACAAGAAUUCUUGUGGGACCUCCGACAAGGAUGCGGACAUUGCUUCUGUUAUGGGAUUCUCCGGGUUCGGGAAGAAAGCCCGCACCUUUGAUUUUGAUGCCAUAUUCGAGCAAACCAGAAGAACUGCCAUUGAAAGAAGCCAGAAAGCUUUAGAGGAGCGAGAGAUGGAGAACAUGCAGCAGAUGUCUGCAGGGAGCUCUCAGUCCAGCAAGGCGCCUGUGCAGCCUAGGAGAGGAAUGUCAGCACCGUCUGCCUCCAGCAGGGGGCAGGAGAGCGACAGUGAGAGCAGCAGCGGCAGUGAGGACGAGGAUUCGGAGGAGGAGCAGAUCGGACCCCCUCUGCCCCCCGCCAUGGCCACACGGGGAGGGGCCGACAACGAAGAAGAAUUCGUGGGGCCACCUCUGCCUCCUGGAUACACAGAAAACGACGAUGACGAAGACGAUGAGGCUCAGGAUGACGACGACGACGACAACCCUGUGAAGCGAAUCCCUGACACACACGAGAUUACACUGCAGCACGGGACCAAGACGGUUUCUGCACUGGGACUGGACCCAUCCGGUGCACGCUUGGUCACAGGGGGAUAUGACUACGAUGUGAGGUUCUGGGAUUUUGCAGGCAUGGAUGCGUCCCUCCAGGCUUUCAGAUCGCUGCAGCCCUGCGAAUGUCAUCAGAUCAGGUCGCUGCAGUACAGCAUCACGGGAGAUGUCCUCCUAGUGGUAGCCGGGAAUGCACAGGCAAAGGUCUUGGAUAGAGAUGGCUUCCAGGUCCUGGAGUGCAUGAAGGGGGACCAGUACAUCGUGGACAUGGCCAACACCAAGGGACACACAGCCAUGCUCAAUGGUGGAUGCUGGCACCCCAAGGUCAAAGAAGAGUUUCUGACGUGCUCGAAUGAUGGGACUGUGAGGACGUGGGAUAUUAACAACGAGAAGAAGCACAAGAGCGUGUUCAAGCCCCGCUCCAUGCAGGGCAAGAAAGUCACACCCACCUGCUGCACUUACAGUCGGGACGGCAAGAUGAUCGCGGCUGGAUGCCAGGACGGCACCAUCCAGAUCUGGGACAGGAACCUCAGUGUGCACACCAAGUUCCACUGCCGGCAGGCCCACACUCCCGGAUCGGACACCUCCUGUCUGUCCUUCUCCUAUGAUGGCACAGUCCUGGCAUCCCGAGGAGGAGAUGACACUCUCAAGACGUGGGACAUCCGGAACUUUAAGAAGCCUCUCAAUGUAGCAACUGGGUUGUCUACUUUCUUUCCCAUGACCGAUUGCUGUUUCAGUCCUGAUGACAAGCUUCUGAUGACAGGCACAUCAGUGAAGAAGGGAGAGGGAAAUGGCAAGCUGGUCUUCUUUGAUCGCUACACCUUUCAGAAGUCGUAUGAGAUCGAAGUAGCAAAUUCGAGUGUUGUACGAUGCCUUUGGCACCCGAAGCUGAACCAGAUCAUGGUUGGAACUGGGAAUGGACUGGCUAAAGUCUACUAUGAUCCUGUCAAGAGCCAGAGAGGAGCGAAACUGUGCGUUGUGAAGAGCAGAGGAAAGGAGAAGAUGGCCGAGACCCUUACGCAGGAUUACAUCAUCACACCUCAUGCUCUGCCCAUGUUCCGUGAGGCCCGGCAGCGCAGCACCCGGAAGCAGCUGGAGAAAGACCGGCUCGACCCAGUGAAGUCCCAUAAGCCAGAGCCUCCGGUCUCAGGGCCAGGUCGGGGUGGGCGCGUGGGGACACACGGCGGGACGCUGUCCUCCUUCAUCGUGAAGAACAUUGCGCUCGAUAAGACCGACGACAGCAACGCCCGAGAGGCCAUACUGCGGCAUGCCCAGGAGGCGUCCGAGAACCCCUACUGGGUGGCUCCAGCUUACGCCAGGACCCAGCCAGAGAUGAUCUUUGCUGAGGUGGAGUCAGAAGAUGAGGAGGCCAACAAGGAGCCCGAAUGGAAAAAACGCAAAAUCUGAACUGUGGGCUUUCAUUCCUUUUUAUACACAUGAUGUUAUACCGCUGUAGUCUUCCCGCUUCAUGGACGUCAUUUUUCCCUUGGAGAAAGGAUUUGUAUUUUAAAAUUUGUGAAUUAAUUUCAUAUCUAAUGAAUGGCUGUGUGUUCCAAUACCCUUUAUUUUAAGAAUUGUUUUUGUUUUUUUAAAAAGGUCCCCCAGAGUAACCCCUUUUCCAGUUUUUGGAAUUGCGGAUUAUGAAAAGAGAGGCUGAGCCUCACUGCUAGUGGCAGCAGUGGAGUGAAAAACUGUCCAUUUUAAUUGUGAGGUGGGAUUAGUGCUUUCAGUGAUAACUUAAGUGUCCAACAAGAUGUGUUAAAAUAGUGCUAUCUGCCAACAUACAGAUUGUCAUUUUCAGCUGUCAACCAUUAAAAAUCAAAACAUUAUUAAAAGUGGGAAGUUUAAAUUGAUUAAAAGUUUCCAAAGCUUUCAGUUUGAAGUUUAAUGUUCAUUAAAAACUGUACAGUAGGGUGAAAAACUCUACUUUUAUAGCAUACUGAAUUGACUUAAUUGUAUAUGUGGCAAAUGUUAUUUUUUCUAGAUGUGUAUGUCCAUAUUUCAGAUUACCUUGUUUGCAAAAGCUCAUUACAAUUAUUUUUAAUACUUAUUUACAAACCCAUUCUGCUUAAAAGGCCUGUGAUCCAAAAGGAAGUGUCAAUUACUCCUGCUUAUGUAAAUCAUGUUCCAUUUUUUAAAUUCACAUUCUCUCUUAUGUAGAGUAUAUGGGUUUUUUCAAUUGUAAUCAUUUGCUGCUUGUAGCUUAUAGAAAGUGUUUUAUUUUGCUAAGUAUUUCUAUUCUAUGUGGUGUCCUCCUCUGACCAGGUUUGUUAGGACACAAUGAAAUUAGUCUGCCGAACAUAUUUGCUUUGCGAGUAAUAUCACAGACAGACACACCUUGGUGUUAUAUAAUGAAUUUUAUUGUUGAUUUGCUUGUGGAACACCACAAACUGCAGUCCAUCCAGAAGAUGUGCACCAUUCCUCCAGGACUCUAUAGCUGCAUAGGCAAUUGCCAAAUGUAUGGAAUACUGUAUAAAAGGAAUGAGGAAGAUGUAAGGUGCUGGAUGUGGUAAUGUAUUAUUUAGCCUGGGUUAUGGAUCUGAGUUCUGGAUUCAUGUUUAGAGAAUCUGGCUUCUGCAGAUCCAUGGAAUGUGAAGUAGAACAGUAAUUCAAAUCUGUUCCUCAGGAUUGUUCGGCAGAUCAGUCUGUUCAGCAGCAAAUAUAUGUGGUGGGUGAAAAUGAGGUGAUGCAUAAUAUGCAGAAUAAAAAGUAAAGAAAUGACAGCAGUUUUUUUUCCCAUCUUCACUUUGAUUUUCAGUGAAGGUCUUAAUUAACCCAGUUGGAGCUACCUCUCCUGUGAGGCACAGUUUGAAAGGAUAGGCAUGUGGGUGAGUGCAUUCACAGGCCCCACUUCUGCCAGUGUGUGCAGUACGCUAUGGGUUGUAGUGGUAAGUCGAAUUGAUAAACAAGCUGCCAACUUGAUACUUCGGUUGGAAUGAAAACCAGAAGUUGCAGAUUGGGAAGCCGUGGGGUGAAGCGUUUGGCUGAUGAGAAGUUCAUGGAAUGUCUUCCUGUUAGGUUUUGACUUAAGGGCUGGUACUGCUACUUCAGUGUCUACAUUCCAGUACAGAACUAAAAGGUCGAAAUUGUAGCAAGACAGAUUGUUUUAUUAUUCUCCAGACGUCCUAUAGUGUAAGCAGUGCUGCCAAAUCGACAGCUGAAAAUGUUUUUGUUGGUUCUCCUGCAUUCAAGGAACGGAAGUAAAUUAGAUUUUGGAGCUUUCUUGCCAUUCAAUGUAGUUGCAUUCUAGAGACCCCUAUUUUUGCUUGAAGAAAACUGCAAAAUGAAACCCUUUGCUAAGGCAGAACAACUGUCAAGGAGAUGUGCCAUCUUCAUUUCCUCAUAUCACUUAAUACAGUUAAUAACAGUCUAAUGUACCAAUUAAACAGGCUUCUGCUUCCUGAGGAAUUCACCACUAGUGUUCUUACUCAGAAUGCUUCAAACCACUGCAGUCUUUGUACCUGCCUCCUGCACAGGGUAUGUGUACUGCAUAUAUAUUGUUAUGGUAUAAACCUUAUGAAAUGUUUAAAGAAGAAAAAAUGUAAUGAAGCACAGGUAAAAAUAAAUAUUAUGAAGCCUU